AUGGUUCGCGGUGCCGACUACGAUAACGGAGUUCCCCAGAGUGACAAUCCCAUCGAGCCUGGCGUCACUAAGGUCCACGGCGUUGGCAACGAUAAUGCCCCUCUAAGCCACACCCAGAAGAUCGCUCCCAUGCCUGAGGUGACUGGUUCCCAACGCGAUGUCUUCGGUGGCCUCGCUCAUGCCGGCCCCAACCACUCUGGUAGUGGAAAGGGUGGCCACGAGCCCAAGAGCAUGGGUGAGAAGAAGGGUUUCGGUGCCCAGCCUGGUAUUUAA